CACACAAAGCGCUGCCGGUCUUUUGGGGGAGUAUUAAAUCGUGUGUUGGGUGUACCAAGGUGUGUUCUCUAUUCAAAGCACUGUUCUGGAGUGUAUCAGGGUGUGGUGUAAAAUUGUACCUUUAAUUCUCUGUCAAGACACUGCUUUUAAGGGUGUCAGAGUGAGUUUUGGGUGUACCGAAGUGUGUUGUCUACCUAAAGUGCUGGUUCUGGGGUGUAUCAGGGUGUGUUUUGGGAUGUACAUAUAAUUCUCUGUCUAGACAUUGUUUUUUUUUUUUUUUGGAGUGUCAGGCUGUUUUGGGAGUAUUCUGUACCCAAACGCUAUUUCUUGUGAUGUAUCAGGGAGUGCUUUGUUAAGAGUGAGUCAGUCCUAUAAUAAGGAAUAAAGUACUCAUCGCCUAAACUCGAAAAAAAAAAGGAAAAGGAUUAAAUAAAAGUGUCAGUCCACUUGAAAAGAAAGAUGAGGCAAGAGAAACAAUAAACAAUACAGUACAGUGUCUGCCGCUCAAAACUCCAGAUGCUGUGAAGGAGAAGACAAGACAAGCCAAGCCAGGAGCAGAGCUGAGCGAGUCCCGGCCCACCAUGAAACCAAACAAGAAGAUAAAGGACCUGCAGCUUCUCUCCACUAUUGGAUUCACCGGUAAGGUAGUGGACGGGCUGCACCUUCAGAAAGACUCCAGCUUAGUUUAUCCCCUGGGUGUGGGUGUGGGCGUGUGGGACAGAGCAGGGAGCCGCCACGCCAUCCUGCACGGCCACACACGCCCAGUCGUCGCCCUCGCUGUCUCCCGCUCCGGUAAAUUGAUCGUGUCAGCGCAGGACGGUGACCCAGGAUGCCAGGCGCGGGUGGUGGUAUGGCGGUACGAGGAGCGGCAGGAGUGUGGCAGUCACGAGGUGCACAGAGAAGAGGUGGCGGCUGUCGGGGUGUCAGCGGGGGAGGAGUACGUGGCCAGCCUUGGGGGACUCUCCGAUGGAUUCCUUGUCCUGUGGCAUAUCCCGACCACGACCCCCAUUUGCAGUGUUCAGGCGGCCGAGCCAGGGAUGGGUGUGGCCUCACUCUUGUGCAUGGCCCCACACACGCCCACACUCAUCCUAGUGGGGGGACAACGCAUCCUAAGGGCGUGGUCACUUAAUCCCGCCACGAACAGACUCACACCCACGUCCAUCUCCCUCGGUCUCACGGAGAGGAACUACACCUGCAUGAGAGUGGAUGAGGCUGAGGAGUUCCUAUUCGCGGCCACCACCACCGGGGACGUGGUCAAGGUGCGGCUCAACAAGCCCCCCGCGCCAGGCUGCCACCCGUCUCCCGUGCUGGUGUCUGUGAUGGCACCCCGACCCGCGCCCUCGCCCGGCGGUCCCAGGCUCACGCGCGCCCCCACACCUGGUCUGCAGGCCAUGGCGGUGCUGCCCAACGGUGACCUGCUGGUGGGUGACGUGGGCGGCUACGUGCGGGCGUACCGACAACUGCAAGAUGUAACAGAGGAAGGGAGGCCAGCGUGCCCCGCGCCACCACGCGCCCAUGGCACUGUUAAAUACACGCACCCGAAGGACCCCACCAGGCCCCUCCUCCAGCAGGUGUGGGCGGUGGAGGUGGGCGCGGCGGUGACCUCCCUCAGUGUGGCGGGGGAGGAGGUGGUGCUGGGGACGGUCUCCUCGGAUAUCUACCAACUCAAGCUAUUCUUUCAACACCAAGAUUUCAACCAAAGCAGGUCCAACAAGACGAGAGUAGAGUUUCAAGGUCAGAUGAGAAACCCAAAAGAGAAAAGAGGUACUCGAGAGAGAAAUGUGUCGCAGCGAAAGCAUUCCAACUCCACACACGCUCUUCACAAGACCCUCAAGUUGGACUCCGUGACACCUGAGCUACAUCUGCUGUCAACCUGCCACUCUGAACCUAUCAAUGACGUCACAUUUCCAAGGGACGUUGACCAGCUGGUGGUGUGUGGCGGCAUGGGUGGCGUGAGGGUGUGGAACGUGGCUUCCCUGCAGGAGUUACUGAGGGUGGAGCUGACGGGAAUCGUGUGUUACUGCUGCUGUGUGUCUCCCUCUCUGCACACCAUCAUCACAGGGUGGAGUGACGGGCGACUACGUGGGCUGGGGGCUGAGAGCGGGCGUGUGGUGUGGGUAAUGGAUGACGCGCACCACGCGGGCGUCAACACAGUCUGCGUGCUGAAGAGUGGGAAGCUUGUGUCUGGAGGCCGCGAUGGACGGGUGCGAGUGUGGGCAGUGGAUGGGAGGAGAGUCCUCAUGGAGGCCUCACAGAAGGAGCACCGAGGGGAAGUGACUCACCUCGCCCUGGCGCCCACGGAGACUCGGGUCCUGUCAUGCAGCGGUGAUGGUUCCUGCAUCCUUUGGAGUCUGCCGGAGCUGGAGCGUGUGUACCGCCUCACAGCCCACACGGUGUUCCUGGGCGGACAGGUGCUGGGUAGUGGCGAGGUGGUAACUGUAGGCAGUGAUGGGUCAGUGAUGGUGUGGGACAGACAUGAUGGGGUGUUGCUAGCAGACCUCCCAGCUUCCAACAGGCCCAUCACCACCAUCACUGCCUCCAAGGAUGAUGCCACCUUGGUCACAGCAGGCGAGGACGCGACCAUCAGGGUCUGGAACUGGAGCAAGGGUCGGGUCACACAUGAAGGUCAUGGCCACAGUGGGUCGGUGGCCAAGGUGGACCUCUCGUCAGACGGCAAGGUCCUUGCCUCGGUGGGAGAGGAUGGAGGAAUAUUCUUCUGGAAGAUGCCAGAGAGAAGAUGAACCAGUGUGACCUUAACUGGUGUCACACUGGUGCUCUUGUCCUUCCCUGUCCUCUACAACACACAUAUCUCUACUGCAAAGCACACUAUUCUCUAUGCUGGCUAUGUUUUAUAAUCUAUGCACUGACUUAUGUGACUUGCAUCUUACACAUGCAUCAACUAAUGAGGAUGAAGCUGUGUGUGCAAGGAGCAUUCAGUGCUUUAAUGAUAUCUACAAGUAUGAUGAUUUAAUUUCAAAAGAUGAGAUACUAUAUACCUGACUCAGUCCUGUAAAAAAUACAUGUAAGAACAAUUAGUUAGGUAAGAACAACCACACCUCUCUGGGACUGCUUCACUGUUUAUCUUUACUACACUGAGCACUGUUGCUGUGUCCUGUGCAUGAGCUCAUGGCUCUUUCACUAAUACUUUUGUACAUUUUCAGAAUAAAAAUUAAAGAAUGGGAAAAAAAUGUGAAGUUUUAUUUAGCAAGAAUCCCACAUCAAAGUACAAGUCUGAAUGGAGUAAACUUUAGGGAAAAGCCACAUUAGGUACUGAAGCAAACUUCCGAUGGAAUCUUUAAUACAGACAUAACUUUGUAUAUAUGUAGUAUGUAUAUCCUGUAAUCAGCAUGUAGAUACAGAGUAAAAGUGUGACAGGCCAUACACUACAGAACCUCCCUUCACUGUCACAAUGGUCAGCAGUCACACGCCACGACCAAGAUACACACGGCUUGACACAGACUCACCAGCACACAGCACAGGCAACACACUCACACAGCAUUUCACACAGAGGUUCAGCACAACACCUGUAAGGGACAUGCUGCAUUUGUGGUGUAAUACUGACACCACCAGCUGUGUCCAGUGGCUGUGGCUAUGUCCUUGGCAGUAUCAUACAAGUUAAGAGCUUGGUUGAGAGUGAAGGCAGUUGUGGAUAAAAAGUUAAGAAUGUGACUGGAAACAAUGCACUGGUUAACAAGUUGGAGAGUUGUCUGCCACACACCAAGACAAUGCUAUCCCACACUUGACACAUGAGUGAGCAUUGAACUCAGUUGGGGAUCAGAACAAGACUGGACACUAUAAUCUACCCAUGAGAAAACCACCCACCAUUCACCAUCACAAGUGAAGAACAUAGACAAAAUUUGAUCAAGAGCUUACAAGAAUGAAAGCUACAUGUUCUUAUUAACACUACCCUUCAGUCAUCAUUAUCAUCACCAGGUGUCCAGUACAAAGCUACAAAGUUAUUACCCAAGGAAAACACGCCUGGGAGGUUUUAGUCGCAUAGAUCAGGAACAUGAAACUGGAAAUCACCACAAACCAUCUAAACAUUGAGAGUGUACAGACCCUCUCAAUAUUCUCUAUGCCGAACUAUAGUAAUUCUACCUCUACAUCACAUUCCCGUAACCUCAUUACCUGCAUGAGGGAAAUACUUAUAGUCUGUUUAAGGAAAACAUUACAAAAUAGAGAAUUUCAAAACAAACAUGACAUAUAUAGCUUACAUACGUAUUACAAUUAUAGUUACACAUAAAUACAGAUUCUUAAAUUUCUGAAUAUAAAACAAUAGAAAUUUGAAAAGUAUUGAAUCGUGUCAUUUGAUAUACUCAUACCGAGCCAAUGCACUCAAUAGUAGCAAAGUGUUAAGAGUAAUGUUAUGUGGAAAUUUUUUUAUUUUGAGAGGAAGGAAUGUGAUGUAUGUGAAGAACUUAGGAAAGAAGACCAGUGAAAGAUAUAGGAUUUGUUCAUUUUGAUAUAUCUGCUACACUGAGAAUCAAAUAGUGUUAGUGUAAGAAUAAAAAGGAAUAAGCAUUGAAGGAAAAGACAACUCCUGCACAAAAAACUACAAAAGAAAAGUUAGAGGAAAUAAUAUGGCGAGAAAUGAACAGUUUGUGUCAUCAUAUCUGUAGUAAAGAUGGAAUCAGCACAACACUUGCACAUCAACAAACUUCCAGAUAUGAAGAAAAUCCAAGAAAAGACAAAGUUAGAGCAACCAAUUGUAACUUAACUCAUUAAAUUUCUUACAUUAGUACAAAGAAUCCUGAGCUCACACUGAACACACACACACACACACACACACACACACACACACACACACACACACACACAUUUAAAUGCCACUCUGAAUACAGCCACUCAUUCCAUCAUGUAGAUAAAUAAGAAAUUCUAACUAUCAAACACUAAUAUCUAAUAAAAGCCAAACCUUGAACACACCAGCAAACUGAAUCACAUGAGUGGUUGGUUCAUCUUCUCAAACACUUUAUUCUCUCUCUCUUAAGGAGUUGUCAAAGGCCACUGAGAUUAUCUAGCUUCCUGUGGGUGUUUCUCUACUAAUGGUCCAAUGUUCCCAUCAAACAACUUCUUUAGAAUCCCCAAAAAUUAAUGGUCAUUCAUAUAUGCAUCAUUUGAAAUCAAAGUACUGUAGUUAUUGAUUGAAAAAUGUAAUUAAAUCAAUGUGUUGAUAACUAAGAAAAGAUAAUUACAUUAAAGUUUUCACUCAUCUUCACACAUCUACUGGUAUUUCCCUUCCAUGUGAUACUUAUUGUGAGGUUCUCCCACAAUACAUGUACCAAAUACUACAUCAUAUUGCAAAGCAUUCUCAACCAAAGACACUUGAUCAAAUGACGCACAGUGUUUCCUGUAGAACCUUGAAGAGAGGGAGGCUGAUUUCAACUCUCAUUUCUUUGUGAUCAUGAAGACUAAACUAAUUCAAGACAGAAAAAACACACAAAAAAAAACAGAUGAUAAAUAACACACAGGAUGUACAUAACAAAGAAUUCACUGGACAACAUAUUGCUCUUUAUUACACAUCUGGUUUCUUCACUCUUGUCACUACACACUCACACACACACACACACACACACACACACACACACACACACACACACACAUACACACA